ACGUUGGAUUAUUUCGGAAUAGAUCCCGAAGUCAAAAAGAAGCUACGCACGACGAGUCACAGAUAACAAACAAAUAGCGACGCAAAGCGGAAGUACAGUCUCUCGUACAUCGACGACAAAGCAAGGCUCUCCUUUGGUUGAUGAAUCUUACCGAGACCAUCAUCGUUGGCGGUUGCCUGAGGCUUGAAGCUUCCCGGAGGAUCGAAAUUCGAAGGACAAAUCGAGACAAGAAAAGAAGAAGUACACCGAAGGCGAGCCUGGCGAUAGAAAGACAAUUUACGAAAAGACAGAUAACGGAAUUGCUUUUCGAGAAUUGCAUCGACUGUCGAAAAAUGGCUUCCAUUCCGCAGGGUGCUUUCGCAGUGUGUAAAGUUCGCUAUAACGAAGAGCAAACUGUUUCUAUGAUGAAGAAAAAAGAAAAAACUGAAGAAAAGAAGGAAAACGUAUUCAAUCCGAGGCCUCCUCUAGAGGGUUGGGAGUUAAUGCCACUCAAGUACAACAGUAAAUUGAUGAAUAGCAUUUGGGGCUUGUACAAUCGCUAUUCGGUGCACAAUUUUAAGAAGAACACUGAUGCCGAGAAGGGGGCCCACGGUGGAGUGGCCGCGGCAAUCUGGGGCACCAUUUUGGAGAACCAGUCCUCAGCCAAUGUCGCCGUCGCCGCCACCGUGGAAGCCCCACAGAUCAUAAGGACCAAAAAUCGCCUUUAAAAUUUUAAUUAAACGCGACGCUUGUAACUUCAAAAAAUCAUUGAAAAAUAGUAAUAGUAGUUGGGAAUGAGCAAUUUAUGCGCAUAAUUAUAAUAUAA